AGUUUUCUUCUCAGAAGAUUAAUUUUCUCUUCUCUUUAUUGAACAAAAUCAUGAAGGCUGAGGCAUACUUGUGCGGAUGCGACUCCAAGGCUUGCUGGCUUUGUUGCUGCCUCCCACUUUGUUGUGCGAAACGUUGCUGCUAUUGUUCUUGUUCUGCUGCUGAAGAAUCAAAGCCAAAGAAGAAAUGCUGCACGUGCAAGAAAUCCAAGAAGCCAGUGAAGAAAGAGAAGGUCGACGAUGAGAUAUCGAGGAAUUGGAGAAGACAUUCAAUCGAAUCGAUCAGAAGGAGAACGGACUGGAGAAGGUGGAGAAGAAAUCUGAGGCAAAGAGAGAAGAGUGCUCAAUAUCUCUUAAAAUGAAUUGUGGGAAAUGCAAAUAAUGAGAAAUGUAAGAAGCUCCAUCAAUUAGUCAUCAGUUUCAAGUGCAAUUUGUUGUUCUGUUUGUAUUAAUUAUCACUUAAUCGGAAACUUAAUUUGAUUCACCCCAGAGGAUUUUUCUUGCGUACUUAAUAAGUG